CCAACCGCCCUUAGCGCUCUUUUCUUUGCAUCGCAUUUCUUCCUCGUUCUUGUCCUCAUUUCGCUGACCACUCUCCACUCAAUUUUUUCUUUUUCCCACGCAGGCGCAACUUGCGCAGCUGGUACCUCCAUUGCAAACGAGAUUACCACGGGCCUAUCGAUAACGCGCGCCCCUCCUAAAAAUUCCAGCGGCUGCCCCACGCAUACACUGCGCAGACUUCGCAGACGGUCUCCGACGGCCUCCUAAUAUUCCCCUCACACGCGUGGGCAUGCCCCAUUCCGAGUCGCCCCCCAUGGCUCCCGCGAUCGCUGUGAGCAAGUCCGGCGACGCCCCCGCGCCCUCGCACGACGACGUUGCUGCCGUCCUCACCACCGUCUUCACUGCGAAACUCUCACACUCCUCGGUAGAAGCCGCCUAUGCCCUCGUCACCCUCCUGCAGAACUCGGUCGGCUUCCGCGGCCUGCAGAGCUAUGGCAUCCUAGACGAGAUCAAGAAGGCGGCCACCGACAAGAAGAACCCUGGCCGACGCGAGGGUGCCAUGAAUGCGCUGGGCGCCCUGUUCGAAAAGAUGCCGCCCUUCCAGCGGCUGACCGAGGUCGUGUUCCUCAUCCAAGAGGAGGGCACUGUUGUGCUGGCGCUGGAUGCCCUGUCCGACAAGACGGGCACCGUGCGGGAAAGCGCGCAAUAUGCGCUCGACUCGCUAUUCAACAACCUGAGCGCCGAGGCCAAGGUGUUCGGCCUGCUCCCGGUGCUGAUCAAGUACUUGGGCAAGAAAUCCGGAAAGUGGCAGGGCGCCGUCGGUGCCCUAGAGCUGAUAGGAAGAACCGCAGACAAGGCAAAGAUGGGCAUGGAGAGCUUUGAGGUGGAGAAGGAGAAAGACAUCCUCAGAGAAGCCAUGGGCAAGAAGCUUCAGCUGCUGAUCCCUGUCGUUGAGGGCGGUAUGCACGACCUGAAGUCCGAAGUUGCGAAACAAGCCACAAAGACCAUGAACAGCCUUACCACCCUCCUUCAGAACGACGAUAUUGCCCCGCGGAUACCCCUUCUCGUCAAGUCGAUCGAGGACCCUUCGACGCAAAGCUUGCAGAAAGCCAUCCACGCGCUCUCGCAGACCACUUUCGUGGCCAUCGUCACAUCUCCUGUUCUUGCUAUGCUCACCCCACUCCUCGAGCGAUCGCUGAACAACCCUGGCACAUCUCAAGAAGUCCUCCGCCAGACGGUUGUCGUCGUGGGUAACCUGACCAAGCUCGUCCACGACCCCAUCGAGGCACGAACUUUUCUGCCCAAGCUUCAGCCUGGUGUCAAGAAAGUCGCCGAAGGCGCCUCCCUGCCUGAAGUGCGAGAGAUUGCCUCCAACGCGCUAGCCGUCAUGGAUAAGGCCAUGGCUGACCAGGAUGGCAACGUCGCCCAUGGUGCCAUCGACCGCACUCACCCCGAGGAUAUUCAAAAGGUCAUGGACAAGCACAUCAAGGCUGUCGGACAGAUUUCAAUGUUCCCGGGAGACUCCGCAAUUUGGGGACUUGCAAAGCAGUACAUCUCUGACAUGGUUGCUGAGGUUGUGAACGAGCGCCAACUGGACCGUGUUACCCUGCUUAUUGCGCCGUACCUUGGCCCACUGAUGGACCCUGGAGAUGCAGAGAAGGUCGCCAAAGCGGUGCACCAAUUCUACGUUGACGAAGACCAUCGCAAGUUUGGUCAACCAAUCAAGGAAGACGAUGGAGAGGUCGAGGUUGUCAACGCUACCUUCUCUCUGGGUUACGGCGGCAUGCUUCUUCUUUCACACACCAACCUACGACUACUCAAGGGUCACAGGUACGGUCUGUGUGGACGCAACGGUGCUGGCAAAUCUACCCUCAUGCGCAGCAUUGCAAACGGCAAGCUUGAGGGUUUCCCGCCCCAGGAUGAAGUCAAGACUUGCUUCGUCGAGCACAACCAGGGCGAGGAUGCUGACCUGAGCAUUCUUGAGUACAUUGUUCGGGAUCCUCGUUUCGCAGAGGAGAGCAGAGAGCGUAUCUCCGAGGUUCUCGAAGAGGUCGGAUUCACAUCAGGUCCUGAGGGAAGACAAUCAGAAAAGGUCGGCUCUCUGUCCGGUGGAUGGAAGAUGAAGCUCGCCCUGGCUCGUGCCAUGUUGAUGCGCGCUGACGUUCUAUUAUUGGACGAACCGACCAACCACUUGGAUGUCGCCAACAUUGCAUGGUUGCAGAACUACCUCAAAAAGCACACUGAGAUCACAAGCUUGAUCGUCUCUCACGAUUCCACAUUCCUGGAUGAGGUCUGCACGGAUAUUUACCAUUAUGAACAGAAGAAGUUGGUACAUUACCGCGGCAACCUCGCUGAUUUCGUCAAAGUCAAGCCCGAAGGCAAGAGCUACUACACCCUGUCAGCGUCCCAAGUGCAAUUUAAGUUCCCUCCACCCGGCAUCCUCAGUGGCGUCAAAUCGAACACUCGAUCCAUUCUGCGCAUGACAGGCUGCAGCUACACAUACCCUGGCUCUUCCAAACCCUCCCUGCAUGACGUUUCCUGCAAUUUAUCGCUCUCCUCCCGUGUUGCCAUUAUUGGUGCCAACGGUGCUGGUAAAUCGACUCUCAUCAAGCUCCUCACGGGUGAGACGAUCCCACAAGAAGGCAAGGUCGAGAAGCACCCAAAUCUGCGUAUCGGCUACAUCAAGCAGCACGCCUUGGAGCACGUCGAGAUGCACUUAGAGAAGACCCCCAACCAAUACCUGCAGUGGCGUUACGCCAACGGUGACGAUCGUGAGGUGCUUAUGAAGCAAACUCGCGUGCUCACUCCAGAAGAUAAGGCCCAGAUGGAAACACCAGUCGAUAUCGGUGAUGGCAAGGGCCCGCGCAGGAUUGAGGCCCUUAUCGGUCGUCAGAAGUACAAGAAGAGUUUCCAGUACGAAGUCAAGUGGAUGAACAUGUUGCCUAAGUUCAACACCAUGAUUUCGCGUGAGACUCUCUCCAGUUUGGGCUUCCAGAAGCUAAUCCAGGAGUUCGAUGACCACGAGUCGUCUCGCGAAGGUCUCGGUUACCGUGUCCUAGAGCCCAAGGUUAUCUCGAAGCAUUUCGAGGACCUGGGCCUCGAUCCUGAGAUUGCUAAUCACAAUGAGAUCUCUGGUCUUUCUGGUGGACAGAAGGUCAAGGUCGUACUAGCGGGUGCAAUGUGGAACAACCCCCAUUUGCUCGUCCUCGACGAGCCUACUAACUUCUUGGAUCGCGAUUCCCUUGGUGGUCUUGCUGUGGCCAUCCGCGACUACAAGGGUGGCGUUAUUAUGAUUUCCCACAAUGAAGAGUUCGUUGGCGCGCUUUGCCCCGAGCAAUGGCAUGUUGCGGACGGACGCGUGGCACACAAGGGCCACCUUGCCGUAUCUAUGGACCGCUUCGAAGACUCACGUCCAGGCUCUAGCAACGUCUCGUCCGCCGUCAGCUCUGCCGUUCCCAGCACUGUCGCCAGUGCUGCCGGCACGCCUGUCAUGAGCGAUGCCGAAGGCGCAAAUGACGAUAUGAAGUUCCGCGCGCGUAAGAAGAAGAAGAUGACGAAGAAGGAGAAGAAGGAGCAAGAAGUCCGCAGACGCCUGCGGCACAUUGAGUGGCUCAACAGCCCCAAGGGUACACCGCACCCGCCCAACACAGAUGACGAGGCCGAUGAGUAACAUGAUGUGCUUUUUUGCACGUCCUUGUGCGCUGCAUGAUAGACUUGCAUUGGGCGGCGUUUGUGUAGAUUGGUUUGUAUGCGCGGGAGACAUGAAGUACAGCACCUGUUGCAUCAUUUUGCGUAAAGAUAUCGCAUUCUGAAGGAAAAGCUUUGAGAAUUUAUAGACAAACAUUAUGAACAUUUCCGUUUUCUUUCACACG